UUUUUUUUUCCUUUUACCCAAACUUGCGCCUUUGUUCUUUUUUUAUUUUAUUUUAUUUUAUUUUUUUGAAAACAUUUCUCAUUUCCUUUGAACAUGCCCUCAUUCGUAGGCGCCAUUGACAAUGGCACGUCUUCAUCGCGCUUUUUAAUCUUUGACGAGAAAGGCGAUCUUGUCAUCGGUCACCAGCUUGAGUACCGUCAAAUAUUUCAUCAGCCUGGAUGGGUUGAACAAGAUCCCAUGGAUAUCCUUGGAAGCGUUAUUACAUGUAUUGACUAUGCCCUACGCAAGUUUGAGCUUCAAGGCAAUCGCGUCAAGCAUCUGAAAGGCAUUGGUAUUACUAACCAGAGAGAAACAACCGUUGUCUGGGACAGAAAGACAGGGAAGCCACUUCAUAAUGCAAUUGUGUGGUCAGAUACUCGAACAAAGGACAUUGUUCGCAAGUACUGCGAUUCAAGCGACAAAGGCGCUGAUGCGCUGAGAGAUGUUUGCGGUCUUCCCCUUACUACAUACUUCAGUGCAGUCAAGCUCCGUUGGUUACUCGAUAACAUUCCUGAAGUGAAAGAGGCACAUGACAAAGGAGAUAUGAUGUUCGGCACUGUUGACUCUUGGCUCAUCUAUAACCUUACUGGAGGUGUGGAUGGCGGUGUUCACGUCACAGAUGUAACGAACGCUAGCCGAACAAUGUUGAUGGAUAUUCAUACUUUGAAGUGGAGCGACAAAGCUCUGGAGUUUUUUGGUAUCAAUGCCAAUGUUUUACCAGAGAUCAAACCCUCAUCAUGUCUGUUUGGGAAGAUCAAUCAUCCACAAUUGACAGAAACCAAAGAUUUGCCGAUCGCGGGUUGCUUGGGAGAUCAGCAUGCGGCUUUGGUGGGACAACAUUGUUUCCAUGUAGGUGAGGUUAAGAAUACUUAUGGCACUGGGUGCUUUAUGGUAUUCAACACUGGUGAGAAAAUCAUUCCUUCCAACAAUGGGUUGUUGACAACUGUGGGAUAUCAGUUUGAAGGUGAACCUGCAGCCUAUGCACUUGAGGGAUCCAUUGCUGUAGCUGGAUCUGCUGUGAAGUGGCUUCGUGAUAACAUGGGGAUUAUCAAGGAUGCGGAAGAAAUCAAUAAUCUGGCAGGAGCAACAAAGGAUAGUGGCGGUGUUGUCUUUGUGACAGCAUUUUCAGGCUUAUUUGCACCCUAUUGGAGACCUGAUGUCCGAGGCUGUAUCCUUGGUAUCUCUCAACAUACCACAAAGCAUCAUCUUGCACGAGCUACGCUGGAAGCGACCUGUUUCCAAACCCGCGCUAUUCUCGAGGCUAUGAACGCUGAUUCUGGACAACCUCUCAAGAGCCUUCGAGUGGACGGAGGAUUGUCAAACAGUGAUAUCUGCAUGCAGUUGCAAGCAGACAUCCUUGGCAUAGAAGUCACUCGACCUCAGAUGCGUGAGACUACUGCAUUGGGUGCAGCCACAGCGGCGGCAGUGCAUUUGGAUAUCGGUAUUUGGAAAGGAGGUUUCAAAGCCUUUACAGAGCGUACUCAAGAACAAGAAUCGAAAGCGGUCCUCCAAAAAUUUACGCCCAAGAUUUCAGAAAAAGAACGUGAGGAACAAUACGGGCUCUGGCAGAAAGCAAUUGAGAAGACUCUGAGUUGGACACCUUGAUAAUUAGUAUUUACAAUGCCUAUCCAUAUUGAUUCUUUGAAUACAAAAAAAGAAAUGAAGGUCAAAUAAACAUACCC